AUGCUUGUAUCAUCUCAAUUUCCACCGGUGCCAUUAUCAUCGAUGUCUCAUUCUGAUAGUAAUACUGAUCGUAGUCAACAAACACAUAAAUCAUCAUUAAUUCCACCAACAUUAUUACCAAAACAUUUUAAUGUGCCAUUCGCUAUUCAACAUGGUUAUUUUCGAUGUAUUCGAUAUUUAUUACAACUUUGUUAUGAUCCAAAUGAACGUGAUAAUCAAUUACGUACACCAUUAAUUUUGUGUUCUUAUGUAGAAAAUGAUCGAUGGAGUUUAUCACUUGCACAAAAUCUACUUGAAAAAGGAGCUAAAGUUGCAUUAGAAGAUCAUGCAAGACGAAAUGCAUUGCUUCAUGCUUGUGCUCUACAACGAAUACAUCUUGUUCAACUAUUUUUAUCUUGUUUAGAUUUUAAUCUCGAAGCAAGAGAUUGUGAAGGAAAUACUUGUCUACAUUAUGCAGCUAUUACAGGUAAUUGUGAAAUUGCUGAAUUACUUAUAAAAUCAGCAGAAAAAAUGGAUAUUCAUCUUGAUCAGUAUGUCAAUCGAGAUGGUUGUUCAGCAGCUGUUCUUGCACUUAAGUAUGGACAUAUUGAAUGUGCUAAUCAAAUCACACAUCGUGAUUGGGAUGAAUUUUUUGUUAUACCUCGUCCUCUUUCCAUCUAUGAAACCCCACAGAAAACUGACGAUAAUCAUGCUCUAAGUACAACAACAACAACACCAUCAAAAACAAAGACUCGAACAACUUCUCACAAGUCAUCAGCAAAUAAAAAUGAUAUGCGUCCUUCUACAAUAUCUUUUGGUUUACUUAAAAUAAUUUUUAAUGAAAAUGAUUCGACUUAUUCAACACGUUUAGCUGGAUUUUGUAAUGAGAGUAAACAAACUCAUCAUCGUCGACGUAUACGACAUAAAAAACAUGCCACAUCACAAAAAAAUCAUGAUAUCAAUAAAACAGAAUCUAUCAUACCUAGUAGUACACAUUAUUGUAGUACAGAAGCUUUAGUUAAUGAAUUACAAUCAACACCAAUAGGUGGCGAACGUAAAAUAACAUUUGAUGAUAGUGAAGAUAAUAAUACAGCUCGAACAAGUCCACGAAUACAAUUAUUAAUACAACAACAUUUAUUAAAUAAACCAAGUUCAUCAACUGAAGAUCUUCUUAUACCUAAUAAAACAAUCGAUCGACCAGGAUCGAAUUCAACUAUAAAUUAUAUUGAACCUGCUAUUUCUAUUGUACAAGAAUCUUCAAGAAUUAAAAAUAAAUUACAACGUCCUAAAACAGCUAUUGUUACACGUAAUCAAACAUCAGUCAAUGCUGUUGGUGCUCCAUCUCGUUUGAGUACUCCAAAAGUAUUACCAAUAUCAUCACAAAAAAAACCUAAAAAGAAAUUAUCUAUAAUCAAUCGACCUAAUUCAGCUUCAUGUAUUCCUAAACAACAACAACAUUCAAAUUUAGCAUCUGAAAUAUCAUCAUAUUCUCAAACAUUAUUUGCUGGUCGUCCAUUAUCAGCAGCAUUACAAAAUCAUCAUCGUCAUCCUUCAGUUCAACGAACAGUUGAUUCAUCAUGUUCAAUUCGAGAAGCAAAAGGUGCAACAAGUCGUUAUAAUAAACCUGAAGAAUUAUUUGGUCUUAAACCUGAAGAACUUUUUGGUUUACAAGAUCAUCAACCAAAAAUUCUUAAUCAUCGUAAAACAAAUGAUAAUAUACGUUUAAAACGUACUAAUCAACAACAACAACAACAAUAUAUUUGGCAACAAGAAGUUGAUAAAUUGGUUGAUUUAUUUAAUAUACAUCAUAGUUCAAAUUAUCGACCAUCUGCUGUACCACCAGCACCAGUAGUAGUUGAACAAGAUACAAUAACUGAUUUAACACCAGUCGGAAGAUUUCGACCAACAUCAAUAUCAAAAAAUACAUUAAGCUUUUCACGAUCAUCUCUAAAUCCUAAACAAUCAACAUUAGCUGCACUGAAUAUUCCUCGACGAAAUUCAAUCAGUCAACGUUCAUCCAUUAAAUUAACCAAUGCAUAA